CGUUGCACCGUGUACACCAACGAUCCAACAUAGUCAUGAAGGUGUUCCUAAGUCUCGCCCUUGUCGCGGCAGUGGCAUUCGCCGAGCCGCCAUCCAACCGCCAAAAGCAGUAUUUCUUCGGCCAACCGCAAGAUGCUUCUUCGGGUCCAUAUCCAGAUUCCUCGGCAUCGGGACCAUACCCACCUAGCGGCUGGAGGCCCGACGGUCCAACUUUCAAUCUGCCCGAACGUCAACGUGCUCUCCCUCAAAGACAGCAGCAACCUCGUCAACAAUACGGACCACCUCAGCAACCACAGCAACAGUACGGGCCACCUUCGCCACCUCAGCAACAGUACGGACCUCCAGCCCAACAACCCGAGCAGCAGUACGGCGCAGCCGCAGGACAGGGCCCGUCGCCGCGUCAGAAUUUGCCCUCGAGAUUCAGAAGUGCGCAAUUCGCUAAGCAACAGGAGCAACCUCAGCUGGGAUAUGGCGAACCGGUGUCGCAACAGCUUCAACAGGGAUACGGCGAGCCAGCACCGGCAGCUCAGCAAGCUUAUGGAGCACCGUCAGCUAGGCAGCAACAGCAGCCCCAGAACUCAUACGGUGUCCCGUUGCAACCUCAGCAGCAGUACGGCCAAUCGGAUUACCCAACCAGCACUGACUAUUCCACUGCCACUGAGAUCGACGAGCCCAUCACCGAGGCUGAACCAGAAAUCGAGCAAGUGAAAUCGGCAAACGAGCUGGACGAGGUAGAAGGUGACAUCGACGAGCCGCGCAACCAGCAGCGCAACCAGAAACAGCAGCAACAGCCACAAGAGAGCGGCGAGUACUACGUGGCGCUUCCGGACGGACGACUUCAGCGCGUCCGCUACGUGAGCCGCCAGGACCUCGAAGCAAUGGCUUACUUCGCCAAGAUUCGCGCCGAGAACGUCGAGCCACUCCGUGGACCAGUCUACGCUUACGCUCCUCUGCAGAAGCUCGAGGCUACGCCCGGCAACCUUCAAGUCCAAGCUGUAGCUCCGGUCGUUCCUCUGACAGAGAACAGGCUGACGAUCCAGGCUGAAGCUAGGCCGCAGAAACUCAUAGCUCCCGCACCUAAAGUUGAUAUUAAGCCUCUCGCUCAGGUGCAAUACCAACUGGACAACCCAGCCAGGGUUGUGCCAUUGAGCUCCAGCUAUACCACCGUUACGAAUACCUAUGGAGCGUCUGCUCAGGUCGCCACUCCCGUUGACGAUAGGUUCAUUCUCGCUAUUAAUCCUUGAGCGGUCAACGAAAUUGGAUUUUGGAGCGCUCGAGGAGCUCGUCGUGUCGGAAAAGAGACUACGUGCUGUGAGAAUUCUUUGGCUCUCUUUCUGGCGUCUCUGUAUAUUCUGUACAUUAACUCUCAAAUAAAACAAUA